UGGUGGAGUAGAGGAGCUUGGUAGCAACACCGUAUCGACCAAGACCUCGGGAUGUAUUGAAGCGCGGGCCGCCCGAUUGCGGGAGCGGGUCGCUUGGCAAUGCACCCAGAGCGCCUCAUAGCCAGGAUGACAAUAAGUUGGUCCUCUGGGCCGUUUGUGCAUCAAUGAUGAUAUGAACAACUCAGCGGCCCCGCUGAGUUCGCAGACCCAGCGCCUAGAUCGAAGCCUGACUCGUGAUGUAAUUUGGAUGAGUGUCGUCUCCGAGUGUUGGGCGGUGCACACGCCGUCAUACACCUCGCUCGCUGGCUCGGUACUUCAGUCGAGAAGCCCACCACGGAUGGAGAUCAUUCUGCACCAUGCCCUCUCCUGUUGACUCUGAGAAAUGUCAGGCCAGGCUUGAGACCUCGAUCCUUUCUCCAGUGUCGCCAGUCGAACCAACACCAUACUCUCAAGAUGAUGCUCCACCUCCGCCUCCGCCUCCGCCAUACACGGCGUUUUCGCCCGCUCGACGGCGGUUUAUUCUUGCUGUUGUUACCGCUGCAGGUUUCUUUGGCCCACUAUGUGGAGCCGUGUACCUGCCUUCCAUUCUUCUUUUCCAAGAUAUCUUUAAGACUUCGGCAACGGCGAUAAACGCGACCGUGUCAGUCUACAUGGUCGUAUUCGCUAUCGCUCCGCUCUUCGGCGCGGCAGCCUCGGAUAUUGGAGGUCGAAAGCCCGUCUACGUGGUCGGCCUUGGAAGCUUCCUCGUGGCCAAUAUUCUCCUAGCGAGCUUGCCGGCGAACAUUGGCGCUCUCUUCGUACUGCGCAUCUUUCAAGCUUUUGGAUCGUGCAUCGUCUUCUCCGUGGGAGCGGGUACUGUGGCCGACGUUACUAUGCCGGCGAAGAGGGCAUCUAAGCUUGGGAUCUUCCUCCUUGGUCCGCAAUUAGGACCCAUUCUGGGACCGCUGAUAGGGGCUCAGUUCACCGACGCUUCCCGUUGGCGAUGGGUUUUCGGCUUCCUCGCUUUGGCUUGCGCGCCGGUGUACCUCACGAUUGUGUUCAGUCUGCCCGAGACUCUGCGCUCACUAGUUGGCAAUGGCGCUGCCGUUGCAGGCCAGCCAUGGAUCUCCAUGCCAAAGUUCCAGACAAAGCCAGCGGAGGAGCUCGACAGCAAAAAGUUCCCGAAGCCUCCGCGCCCGUCGUUAAAGAAGUUCAUGCAACUUUUGAAGUACCCACCGCAUCUCAUCGUUUCUUUCAAUGGGGCCUUUCAGUUCGCGGGGCUGUACGCCAUGUAUAUUACGUUCCCGAAAGUGUGGCAAAAGGAGUUCGGCUGGUCAGCAGCAGAGGUCGGGUAUGCGUAUCUUGUUCCCGGAAUCUCGACUUUCGUAGCCUCCAUCGUCGUCGGCCGCCUCUCGGAUUGGCUGCGCAAGAAAGCGGCAGCAAACAGCCCUGAGGGCAAAAUCGCACCGGAGCGUAGGAUCGCAAUCCAGAUCACUGGCUUCAUCAUCGGUGCUGCCGGGAAAUUUAUGUAUGGAUGGUUCUCAGAGAGGCAUGUCCAUCCGGUCGGUGGCCUGUUCGGGUCAGCGCUGGCUGCCGUGGGCAUGGCCAUCAUAUUCGUCACAGGUACAUCCUUUCAGACGGAGUGCGACCCAUCUCAAGCGGCCAUUCUAGUGGCGCUGGGAGGCUUCCUUCGCAAUGUUGCCGCGGCCAUCGCUGCCGUGAUUAUGGACGGUCUCGUUCGAGGCAUGGGUUAUGGCUGGACGUUUUUCGGAUUGGGUCUUCUCGAUCUCCUGUGCAUCCCGGGCAUCAUUCUGAUCAUGGUUAAGGGUGCGCAUUAUCGUCAAAGGUUGCAGCAGAAGAUGCAAGGCUGA